UUUCAGUACCAAAAGUGGUAACCCCGAGCUACCCUCGGGAUUACUAUGUGGCGUUGCUCAGGGAUUCCCUGCAGCGCUUACCUUGUCCUUCGCUCCCGCGAUGCGUCCCCUGCAGCGUCCCCGGCCAUCUCCUCCGGCCAAUGCCGGCAUCCGGCUUCUGUGUUCCGGUCCCUGCGAGUGUCAGGACAUACGGUACGUACGGGGGCCGGAACCGGCGGCAGAUUUAAAAAUUUUUUAGAAACUUUCAUUUACAUUUGACAUUUUGUCCCUGCUGCUUUGUCCUGUGCCCUGCCUGCAUUUUGACUGUUCUUUCUG